GAGUGGUGUGUUGUGGCAGUGUUUCCUUGGUAUUGCGGUGGUAAUGCUUUGACAGUGUGCAGUGUUUGAUGACAGUGUGUGUGUUGUGUGGCAAAGACAAGCCAUGUUGGAGAAGAGCAGAACACGCUGCCGAGAUGAAACACAGUGAGUGAAGGAAGGAAGUGACUGAAGGAGGACACAGUGCACCAGUGUGUGGCUCGGCAGUGACGCCACCUUCACUUCACAGACGUGGGUGAAGCGGCAAGGCACAAGGCAGCAGCGGCGGGCCGGCGGGCCGGGGCAGGGCGGCAGCCUUCACCACUACGUACAUGCGUGUCACUCAACAUUUGACGGUGAAGAGUCGUGAUGGUGAGGUGUUACAGGUGUAGCCAGCCGUCCCUAACCUGCAGGACAAGUAGCAGUGACCUGACCCCACCACAACAUGAAAUACCCGGAUGUCAACAAAGGGUCACCUGAGGCCGCUCCUCUUUAUCGGCCAUUAUUUGCUUGUCUGUCAUUUAUUACGAGCCAAACCUGUGGCAAGAUGGAGCUGCCAGCCUGGGCUUCCACACCAGCCCGUCAAACAGAUCCGCCAUCGCCUGGUGUCCGUGUGGCGAAGGUUUGAGUGAGCAAGGUGGCGUCUGGCCGCCGCUGGUGCCGCCGCCAUCUUGGACUGGGUCCGCCUGGGGCAGGUCCCGUGACGUCACGAGUCCCCUCGGCCAGGGAGCCCUGCCCGUGACGUCAUCAGUCCCGCCGCUUCCCGACCAGCCGGCCGGGCUCUGCGGCGCCAUAUUUAGCCUAAUAUACAAGGUUUUCAAGGUGUCUGGGAGUGUUUCUAGACGCAGAGCAAGAUGGAGGAGCGCCGUGUGGUAGAAUACUUUGUGGUGGCUGGGCUACCACAAAACCCCAAACCACUCGCGGAUUUCUCCUGCGAUGGGGCGACUCUGAAGGCCACCCAUAACCAGCCUCCCGUCACCGACCUGGCUGUCAUUAACCGCUCGCUGGGGGAGGUAGUGCCUGAUGGGUACACAUGCAUAGAGACAACACCUUCAGGUCUAGUGGCGAACAUCAACCAAGGGGCUCUGAGGGCACCUGAGAUGUUCCUAUGCUUCAGAAGGGGUAGAGACAAACAGCCCCUGGUGGAUAUCGGAGUGCUUUACGAGGGGAGGGAGAGAGUAAUGCCAGAUUCUCAAAUAGUCGAGUUUACACAUGGAGGAAGGAGUGCCAAUAUUAAUUCCUCAGGGCAGACAACCUACAUGACAUACAGGCGGGCCAGUGAGAACGCAGCCUGCAAUGAGCUGGUAGUUUCCGACAUCUGCAUAAUAAUGACCAACAGAGGGGAACAGGCACCACAUUCCUACUGCACCAUUGACAGGAACUUAAAUAAAGGCACUAUGGUUGGCUCGGACAUUUACGUUUGCUACAAGAAAUCUAUGAACCGGUCAACAUCGCUUGCAUACAUGGCUGGAAUUCAAGACCAGUACCCUUUCAUCGCACGGCCCAGUUUUCCUCUACCUGCGGACCUGGCCCUCUUCUGCCUACCUAUGGGGGCUACACUGGAAUCUUGGCCGCAGAAUUCAACGCAGCCACAACCGGUCUCCUCGACAUUCGUACUGACGGUCACAUCUGGCGUGGAGACCGUUGAAAAGGUUUAUGGGGCAGCUGUGGCAUUUUACGAGCCCUAUCCGCACGAUCAGCUAACCCCAGAGCAGAGGAGAGCCCUGAGGUUGGAGGAACACUUCGGAAGGCGGAACUGUGUGCACACCAAUAAGAGCAUCUGUUUGUUGUCGCGCUGGCCGUUCUUCGAGACGUUCGACAGGUUUUUGAAGUAUUUACACGCUAUGGCUAACUCUGGACCCCAUCUUGUUCCUAUUGAGAGAUACAUCCACCAUUUCUUGGAGUGCGUUCCCUUUCCAAGCUCGAGACGGCCUAGAAUCCUUAUCCAGCUUGACGCAAAGGAGAGAAUAUCCUUGACACAGCCUGAGGACUCCCCCAUCCCUCUCAGCGGUGCCAAAUUUCGCCAACUGGUUAUGAAUUUACGAACGGAAGGAUGCUUAACAGUUCUUCUCUUUGCACUGACUGAGCAGAAGAUAUUGUUACAUUCGCUACGCCCAGACGUCCUCACAGCUGUUUCCGAGGCCAUCAGCAUGAUAAUCUUCCCCUUCCACUGGCAAUGCCCCUACAUCCCCCUCUGUCCUCUGGGGCUCUCCGACCUCCUCAACGCACCCAUUCCGUUCCUGCUGGGCCUAGACAGCCGAUUCUUUGACCUUUACGACCCACCCCAGGACGUCAUCUGCAUUGAUCUGGACACUGGCGCCAUAUAUGUACCAGAGGAGAAGAAGCAUCUAGUGACCAAGCUGCUGCCGCCCCGCCCCACACGCACCCUGAGGGCCGCGCUGGAGGGGGUGUGUGAGAAGAUGCACCGCCUGGAGAGAGCCUUACAGCAACACCUCAGGUCACAGCGCUCCGGGGACAGCGCCAUUGACUCCGAAUUUAAGAUGAAGAGGAAGGAGCAACAACUGGACGUGGAGAUACAAGAGGCCUUCCUACGCUUCACAGCAACUAUUCUGAAGGGGUACAGCGCCUUCCUCCUGCCCAUUGUGUCCUCCAGAGCGGGGGCCAACUGCGACACUGCCUCCCUCUUCGACAUUGACGCCUUCGUGCGCUCAAGGGACCGCCGCCACCACCGCUUCUACCAGCUGCUAGUCAACACACAGAUGUUCAGCAGGUUCAUUGAGGAGAGAUCCUUUGUGUCGGAUAAGGACGCUUCUCUUGCCUUCUUUGACGACUGCGCUGACAAGGUUCAAGAGGAUGACACUACCAUUAGACUAUUGGAAGUGGAAACUGCUCACAGCGAACACACUCUCUUUCUGCCGCCACCCGAACCUCUCUCUGAUGCUACUACUACUACUACUACUACUGCUACUGCUACUACUGCUACUAUUGCUGCUGCUGCUACUGCUACUGGUACUACUGCUGGAUCAAAUGCUUCUACUUUUACUUAUACGGGGUUUCCAAGGCUACGACAAGACCUCUUCCCCUGUUUGGAGCCCCUGCCAGCCCUGCCCCCGGUGAAGGCCCCCCAGACCACCCCUGCUUCACCCCUGGCCCGGCGAACCAAACAGGAGGUUAAAACGGACCAGCGUGUUGCCUCUAGACACGCCCAAACACCAAUUUUAUGGGCCAAGUGUCUUUUGCAUACUUGUUACAGCCUCUGGUUCACACAGUUACCAGCGUUUGCCUCCACACAACACAACAAGCCAAGACUCCUUCAGCUGGCCUUCAAAAUAUUGGCCAACAUGCAAAAGCUCCAUCUGUCACAGGCCGAUGAGGUCUGCUACAGGGUGAUGAUGCAGCUGUGUGGUGUGUACUCGCAGCCUAUCCUCGCUGUGAAGGUGCUGUGUGAGAUGAGACAGCAUGGGAUCACUCCUAAUGCAAUAACUUAUGGGUACUACAACAGAGCAGUGAUGGAGAAUAAGUGGAUGCAUUCAAACCUCCUGUGGAAUAAAUUGAGGAAUGUUCUGAUAGGAGUGGCUGCGUUCAAGAAGUGUGGCCAGGAGAGAGCUCAGAGGAGGAAGAGAAACGCACUGCCUAUGGAUACAACAGACAGGGCCAUGACAGAUGCAGACAGUGGCAGCCAUGUCUCUCUGGGGAGCAAUGCAUCUAUAGACUCCCAACUAACCACUACUACUACUACUACCACUACUACUACUGCUACUACUAACACUACUGCUACUACACACCACAAGACUAACACCUUGAGCUCUGAUCCUGGUUAUUCUUCAGUUAGUGAGACUAGUGAUGGCCCCUCCCCUGGUCCCUCCCACUCAGAAGUUCACAGCAGUGCGGGGCUUUUGAUGUCAAGUGUCCUAAAUGCUGACACGUUGGCCGCCCCGCCCCACCCCAGGCCGCCCCGCCCCACCGACCUCGCCAUGGCCCUCUCACCCACCCUGGACCAGUAUGACAAGAUGACAGAAGCUACCUCCACCUCCUCCACCUCCUCCUCCUCCACUCGAACACCUCCAGAUGCAACCACCACCACCACCACCACUGCCACCACCACCACCACCACCAUCUCUCCUCCUCCUCCUCCUCCUCCUCCAACUCCUCCUCCACCACCACCACCUCCUCCUCCUCCACCUCCUCCUCCUCCUCCUCCUCCAGUGGGCAAGAGAGAGUUGUUCCGGAGUAGGGGUGGAGGAAAAAUUGGAGGGUUGGAGGAAACUUUUGGAGAGAUGGAGAGAAAGUUGUCAGGUGUGGAGAGAAAGUUUCAGGUUUGGAGAUAUCCCAAAACCCCUCAGAUAUAUCAAAAAACUUUAAAUGUCCUGUGUCCCAAAGUACCCCAAACCCCCCCCUUCAUCAAAUGUCCCAGUGUCCCCCGUGCUGCGCCAAGCCGUGUUGAGGUGACGAGCGCGCGUGUCCGCAGGUCAGACAGCUAUGGCAGUGACGCUAAAAUAGUGACGAACCUUCUGCGGCUUACACGGGUGGAGAUAGAACCCCUGGCGCAGAUUGGGCGGGGCGGGGCAGCCAGCCAGGACAGCCUGAUGGAGGAGGGGCAAGAGGAGGAGGAGGAGGAGGACCAGGAGGAGGAGGAGGAGGAGGAGGAGGCGCCCAAAGGAAGAGUAAGAGGGUUUUUCAGUCGUGGGACACCAGAGCGUUUGUCAAGCUUGUUCCGUCGGAGUGUGGAAGGGGCGGAGGGUGGGCUACGGGGCUUAUGGCGGCGGGGCGGGGCUAACCAGAUCAGCCAAUCCAGCAGAGACUCAGCCAGCCCAGACCAAGACCCGGGGCUGCCUCAAGGGACGCCCCAGGAGAAGAAACAGGAGGAGGAGGAGGAAGGGGAAUGCUGUUGCCCGGAAGAUGAGGCUGUGGAGAAUAGCGCCCCGCCACUCACCCCGCCACAGCUCUCCCCAAUCCGCAUCCCCCCAAACUACUCCCCCGUGCCGUCCAGCCCCCGCCGCACCCCAGUCACGGAAAAUGACCCCCUUGGAGCAUUCAGCCCCGCCCCGCCCGCCCCCGCCGCCCCUCCGCCCCAAGAGAAAACUCGUAGAAGCUCUCGUCGUGUUGGCCGCAGUGCCACAUUUACGGGGCCGAGCGGGGCGGCACCCUCCACCCCGCCCCGUGCCCCGCCCCGCCGCGCCUCAAGCUCCUUAUGGGUGCUACCUGGCCCUCCACGGACCCCUCAUGCCCCGGAUCAGCCCCGUCCCGCCCCGCAUACAACCACCGUCGCCACAGCUACCCCACCCUGGCCAGCCCUCAAGUUCUUAAGUAGUAAUAGCACGCCAGGAGCAGGAGGAGGAGUUGGAGGAGGAGGAGGAGGAGGAGGUGGUGGAGGAGGAGGGGGAGGAGGGCUGGGGGCCGCUGCUACAAACAUGGCUACAGUAGGUUUGAGAGAAGCUUCCAAACAGAUAGAACAUCUCAGAUUACAGUAUUUGGAGCCUGCUCUCUCUGAAAUGGGGCAAUAUAGCCCCGGAAACUUCAAUUACCGCCGGAACGAGCUGAUUUCCGGGGGUUUGAGCAGCGUGAAGUCAGCUGUCACGAGCCUCAGCAAGAAAUACAAUGAGAUCAGGGACGCUAUAGCUGCCACGAAUACUCCUGUCCGUGGCGCGCAUGGAGGCCGUGGUGGAAGCUGGGACUCAGGAGGGGGGAUGGGAGGUCCUGAUGCUGAUGAUGAUUCCCUUCUUGAUGGGUUUUGGAGCAGGAGAGAGAGUGGGGAUGUGAUGGGGGGCCAGGUCACGGAGGAUGGGGGGCUCUUCAUGGGCUUCACUUUAGACCCCACAGCCACAGCAUCCACAGCAGCAGGGCACAGCGGGACAGUUGAUGGCGGGACACACAGCUCUGCGCCACAGCAAGACCUCUUCCCUCCACUGGGCUGGGAUGCUGUGGGCCCUUACUGUGUGGGGGUGUGGCUGACCUCCUGUACACGAUGCCACAAUUGUGCUGCCUUGCUCUACGAUGAGGAGAUAAUGGCAGGCUGGCACCCAGAUGACUCUAACCUCAAUACUAAGUGCGUCUUCUGUGAGAAAGUGACAGUGCCUCUCCUCACUAUCACCAUACACAGCUGUCUUCACCACCCCAGACCUGACACCACCACCACCACCGCCACCACCACCACCAGCACCAGCACCGCCACCACCACUGCUUCUACUACUAUUACUACUACUGCUGCUUCUACUACUGCUGCUUCUACUACUACUGCUACUACUACUACUGCUACUACUACUGCUGCUACUACUUCUACUUCUGCUGCUACUACUACUACUACUACUACUACUACAGGGUCACAAUCAGGUCAAGAGGAAGGCAGUGACCCGUUGAGUUCAAAGAUUAACCUGGUGACCUCAGCUGACCUCAAGUCCUCCCCGGGUCAAUUGGCACCCUGCAAGACUGACCCCCUGACCUGUGCUGCCUCCAGGGGUGACCCACACUACCUCAAGGACACUGUGACCUCGCAAAUACAGAAGAAGGGGGUGCGGUGUGAGCCCAUCACCGUGCCAUACCUGAGCCCAUUGGUGCUGAGGAAGGAGUUGGAGACUGUGAUGGGCCAUGAAGGGGACGCCUGCCUCACCCAACCCUCCUUCACGGACCAUCAUCCCAUCCUGUACUGGAACCUGUUGUGGUAUUUCAGCCGCCUGCGUGUGCCGAGCCACCUGCCCGGCCUGUGUCUGGGGGCGGGGUGUGUGAGGCAGGCCACGCCCCCCCACCCCUCCUGGCACGCUGCAGACUGGCAGAACGUUUACAUCAGGUGUUUGUGGGAUAACGCCAAGUACCAUGAUGAGCUCGGCCAGCCCAUGUACGUACAGUGGCAAGAAACGUAUACGCCAUCACCCCUAAUGAGCGCACUGGUUAGAGACAGGACCAGGAUUCCGAGAAGCGUCAUGCAGAGUGUCCUAACAGCGCUACACGUUGACGACUUAAGCACAGCGCUGCGUAUACUAAUGGCUGAGGUUAAGAAGAGACCAUCAGCUUUAAAAAGAUCAAGAUUCCCAGCCUACCGCGAGCUUCUCUUCCUUGCUGCCGCCUGUAUGCCUCCACAGCACCUUAAUCUCACUGCGUUUGACAGGGAGUACCGCAGGGCCUAUGAAAGAGGUGACCAGCCCUAUUCACGUCUGCUGGGGCGCUGUGACACACCUCCCACUAUAGCAGCUGUGUUCUGCAGACGGUACUUCAGUCAGCUUGCCCUCCUGCUGUGAUGCUUGGCUGUGUAGGAGUGUCUAAGCUGUGGCUGUGGGAGAGAAGAGAAAAAAUUGAAGAAAAUUAUGUGAAGCGAAGACAUGAUCAAGAAAUGAGAGAAGGAAAUAAAAAGGAAAUAGAAGAAAACGUGAAGUAAAUGUGGAAUAAUGGAAAAUGGGAAAAAUUGAAAAAGAAAACGAGUGAACAGAGUAACAAGAAAAUAGAAGAAGAAGAAAAAAUAUACAAAAAUAUUAAAGAAAAUGACAAAAAAAAAUAAAGAAAAGUAAGAAAGUGAGAGAGAAAUUAAAGAAAAUAGAAAAUAAUUAUAUACGUACAUAGUUCACACACACACACACACACAUACGUACAUAACCUUUAAUUUGGCUGUGCAUUCUAGUAUUGUCUGUGUACGUACAUGAGAACACACAUACACACACACACACAUACAUACAGCUUAGAAAAAAAGAUAUUAUUAUUAUUAUUAUUAUUAUUAUUAUUAUUAUUAUUAUUAUUAUUAUUAUUAUUAUUGAGUAUAGAUAUUAAAAGGUGAAAUUAUAUAAAAAAAAAAGGAUUAUAUGAGCAGAAUUAUCCAUAAUGAUUACAAAUUGAUGAGAAUUGUGGGAUUUAUUAAGAAAAUUGAAAUAAAUAAGGUUAGGUUAGUAUGUUUUGUUAGUUAAAUGUUUAUUACUGAGAGAGAGAGAGAGAGAGAGAGAGAGAGAGUAAUGAGCUAAUAAUGGUAAUGAUUAUAUGAAAAAAAUGUAAUGAGAGGUAAUUAUUGUUAUUACUAUUACUAUUACUACUACUAUUAUUAUUAUUAUUAUUAUUAUUAUUAUUAUAACUAGAUAUAUUUCUAAGCGAUACACUCUUCACUAAUAAAAGCAAUGAUCUAACUCCGUGUGCGUGAAAGAGACGAAAAAAAAAGUAAAUAAAGCAAAAUAUAGAAAUAAAAACUGCUUAUAAUGCUAGACAAACAAACAACA